GGAAGUGGUUAGACGCAUAGUGCUAGCUUGACACCAGUGUAACAGCUACAAAUCCGACGGAUGAGCCACGAGUGUCUUCAUCUUGACAAAUAGUCGAUAAAAUAGCGGAAUAUUUCAGUUUGGGGAACACCUGGACGUUGUGUCUGCUCGCUGCUCCACAAUGGCGUCCGCUAUUUUCUCUGCUGGUGGUUUUAAUUGGUGAAAAACUAAAAGGCCAUCACCUCCACAGAUGUGGCCUGUACCUCUGCUGAGACUCCUGUUCAUGAACGGCGAGGAUGCUUUGACUGAGCGGCUGUGGCUCGGCCUGGAGGGAUGACACGACGUUAGCAGACAUGGAGACAGGGGAGACACACAGACAGCUGGAGACGCCAUAUUUACUCUGUGUAGAUUCUCCUUGUUAGAUCCACUCAGGUCGAGAGAAAACCCUAUUUUUUUAUAUUUUUAAUUCAGAACUGUUUUUGUUAGUUAUUGUGAAGCCAUAGUCGACCGUCGACAGCAGACGUCACGAUGAGCUCCGAGGGCUUUCAGUACCGAGCGCUGUACGACUACAAGAAGGAGAGAGAGGAGGACAUCGACCUGCAUGUGGGAGACAUGCUGCUGGUCAGCAAAGGAGCGCUGCUGGCGCUCGGCUGCAGCAACGGAGCCGAAGAACGACCGUCAGAGAUCGGCUGGCUGCCGGGCUUCAAUGAGACCACGCAGGAAAAAGGCGACUUCCCGGGGACGUACGUGGAGUUUAUUGGCAGAAAGAGGAUGUCCCCGCCCACGCCGAAGCCCCGCCCACCCAGACCGCCCUCCGCAGCAUCAGUGAGGACCGACUCCGAGUCAGAGGGCUUUGUGUUGCCGGACCUCCCGGAGCAGUUUGGACCCCCUGACACAGCACCGCCCCUCCUCAGCAGACUGAUGGAGGCCGUAGAGACAAAAGGUCUGGACAGUCCCAGUGUGUAUCGCAGCCUGAGCGGAGGAGGUCUGGACACCCGGCAGCUGGCCGACACCGACCUGGAGCAGCUGGAGGUGACGUCCCUGUGUGACGGGGUGGUCCGGUUCCUGCAGGACCUGCCCGGUCCGGUCCUCCCAUCCUCGCUGCAGGCCGACAUGAUUCACGCAGUCCAAGAGGUCCGGGACCUGGAGGACUGUGCCCAGGUGCUGCGGGGGGUGGCCAGCUCGCCGAGCUGCCCGGCCCAGUACGGUCUGACCCUGCUCAGUGUGGCCCGACACCUGGCCCGGCUCUGUCUGCACAGCGCCAAGAACCAGCUGAGCCCCCGAAACCUGGCAGAGAGCUUCAGCCCGCUGCUGUUCAGACAGGCUGCAGGGCCCGAGUCCAGUCUGGAUCCUCUGGUUCAGGUCCUGGAGGUUCUGAUAACCAGCGAGCUCAACAUGAACCAGGCUGCACCAGCGUUGCCUCCUAAACCGGUCAAGCCUUCGACUCCUGCAGCUCCGAGCAGCUUCAACAACAGCAUUUCUCUGCAGGACGCUGAGUGGUACUGGGGAGACAUUUCCAGAGAGGAGGUGAACGAGAAGCUGAGAGACACAGCUGACGGUACGUUCCUGGUUCGAGACGCCUCCACCAAGAUGCACGGAGAUUACACUCUGACUCUGAGGAAAGGAGGCAACAACAAACUGAUCAAGAUCUUCCACCGGGAGGGAAAGUACGGCUUCUCCGACCCGCUGACCUUCAGCUCCGUGGUGGAGCUCAUCAACCAUUACCGCCACGAGUCCCUCGCUCAGUACAACCCAAAACUGGACGUGAAGCUGCUGUACCCGGUGUCCAAACACCAGCAGGAUCAGGUGGUGAAGGAGGACAGCAUCGAAGCUGUCGGCAAGAAGCUCCACGAGUAUCACCUGCAGUACCAGGAGAAGAACCGAGAGUACGACCGACUGUACGAGGAGUACACCAGAACCUCACAGGAGAUCCAGAUGAAGCGGACGGCCAUCGAGGCGUUCAACGAGACCAUAAAGAUCUUUGAGGAGCAGUGUCAGACUCAGGAGCGCUUCAGCAAAGAAUACAUCGAGAAGUUCCGUCGAGAAGGCAACGACAAGGAGAUCCAGAGGAUCAUGGAGAACUACGACAAGCUGAAGUCUCGGAUCAGCGAGAUCGUGGACAGCAAGCGGCACCUGGAGGUCGACCUGAAGAAGCAGGCGGCCGACUACAGAGAGAUCGACAAGAAGAUGAACAGCAUCAAACCGGACCUGAUCCAGCUCCGCAAGACCAGGGACCAGUACCUGAUGUGGCUGACCCAGAAGGGAGUUCGUCAGAGGAAACUGAACGAGUGGCUCGGCCUGAAGAACGAAACCACAGAGGAUGAGUACAGCAUGGUGGAGGAUGAGGAGGACCUUCCUCACCACGACGAGCGUCUGUGGCGGCUGGGAAACAUCAACCGCCUUCAGGCCGAGUCUCUGCUCCGCGGGAAGAGAGACGGGACCUUCCUGGUCCGAGACAGCAGCAAGCCGGGCUGCUACGCCUGCUCUGUGGUGGUGGAUGGCGAGGUGAAACACUGCGUCAUCAACAAGACCAGCACCGGCUUCGGGUUCGCAGAGCCCUACAACCUGUACGGCUCCCUGAAGGAGCUGGUGCUUCACUACCAGCACACCUCGCUGGUCCAACACAACGACUCGCUCAACGUCACGCUGGCCUUCCCCGUCUACAGCCAGCAGAGACGGUGACCCGCCGGUUCCUCCUGAUCCACACUGUCAUCUCAGACCAGCUGCAGACCUCGUUUACACACUCAGAACAGAAGCAGUCGGUCUACAGGUGUCACAGAACCACAGAGGAGGAGUUCAACACUUCAGAACCUGAUCACGUGGCCCGGUGAACACGUCAGGAGUCUGUUUUAAAGACGAUAAUCAGUCAUGGUGCUGCUGAUCAACAAUCCAGAACACUGAAGCUUUAUGUUCACCUGAAUUCUUCGUCACUUCCUGUAGUGGAGAAAUAAAACAUUUUACUGUGAAAGGCAUCACGUGGAGCUUUGAAUCAACUUCCUGUGAGGAAAAACAAGCAGCAUGAUAAAAGAAGGACGUCAGCGACCUGCAGACAUUCACAUUAAUAUCGCUGAGCUGGUUUGGUGCUGAAUGUACGGAAGCCCUGAGGGGCCAGUGAGGACACGUUUUCCUUCUGGUGAUCCGAGUCUGAAUAGUUUCCUCUCCUGAUGUUUGACCUCAGAACGUGCCGGAAAAUAGUUUCACUUAAUAAAUAUCUGGUUUCCUUCAGCUGUGAGUUAAAACGGUUAAAAAAAUUAACCUUAUAAAAUAAAAAUAUUUCACUGUAAAAACUGUUUGUUCUUUUGUAACGUUCAUGUUUUGCAUCGAUUUAACACCUGGAAAAAAUCGUUCAUACGAUUAUUGUGUUUCACAAAAAGCUUUCAAAUGUUUUCAGAUGCAAAAAAAUAAAAAGUUAUUAAGGAACUUCUAAUUUUCCUGGCAGACCUUUUCUCUGCACCAGCUCUGGUGUCAGAACCACAGCAGAGGAAGAUAUUCCCAUCAGACAGAAACUCGAUCACCAGGAAAAGAAAAAAAAUCUCGAUUUGUCCAUCAGGGCUUCCGUACGCACAUCAACACACAUUGUUAUUAAUCUCUCGAGGUCGAGAUCACAUGGAACCUUUUUUUAACGAACAGCUGCCUGUCGUCUGAAACUGAGCCCAACAUCCUGAAGACAUCUGCUGGAGAGCCAGAACCAACGAGUCACAGACGAAUAAAGAAGAUAGCGUGGUUCAAAAUGAACCUUUUAUGACACCAAAUUUUGCUUGCUGCAGCCUCAACCUUCAGCUGUAUUCGAGCAUUUAUUAUAAAUCAUGUUUUAGGUUUUCCUCCAUCAGGUGUGCCACAGCUGGAUCUGUAAUCAGGCUCAUGCAGCUCCAGGUUUGAAUCCUUGCUGAAAGUUUUUUGCUGCAUCAAGUAAAAUUUGGUGUCAUAAAAAGGUUAACUUCGACCCACACUAACUUCUUUAUUGGUCUGUAACUCUUUGGUUCUGUCUCUCCAGCAGAUGUCAUCAAAGACAUUGAAUCGACGUCUUUUGUUCUGCUCUAGAAGUUUCUCAGCUCUGCUUGGUCCAAAACCUCAAGACACAAUCCAGGAAAGCAAACAGGCUCACCUUGUUUCAGUCACACUGUGACUCUACGACUCGUUCAGGUCAGUGCGAUCAUGAACACUUCAGGCUCGUUCAGAACCGGAUCCCACGUGAUCACGACCUCACCGAGUCAACCGACCCGCUCUACUUUAGGUUCAGUUUCCUGUGUGUGAUGACGAGGUACUGAAUGGUCAAACUGUCCGAGCUGCUCCGGACUUCAGCAGGACGCCAGGAGCUCAGCUGAGGGUCAGAAGUACGGACUCCUCCUUUAAUCACAAACUGCUGAUGCUGCACCACAACGAGGCCGGACUCUGAGACCACAGCUGUGGACUCAUGGUGAUGAUGUCAAGGCAACGUGAUGGACAAUCUAGAGAGACUUCUCUUGUGAACACUGUGAGCGGCUCUGAACGAGGUUUAAAAAGAGGGCGAACGGACCGACCCGACCCGACCCGACCCGCAUUUCAUAUCAGGAGAGAAACAAACUGUGAUCCUGCAGCAUCCAAAGACUGGAGCCAUCAGCAGUGUUAGCGGUCCAGAUCUUCAGGUUUCCUCAGCUUUGUUUGACGAGUGGACGGAUGAUUCUCGUCGUCUUUCAUUUGAUAAUCGUCCGUCAGCACAAAGAUUCACUCGUGUUGGAUCAAAACUGUUAGAAACAUUCAGGAAUGACGAGAACUGGAUCUUUCCGGAUCGACUCAGAGGAUUUUCAGUUCGGUGGACGAACGCGGCUUGUGGACGAAACGUAACAACGAUGCAAACCCGAACCGACGUCUUCGUCCUCUGGACCUUUUCUUUGCUUUCAGACCUUUGACUUCCUUUAAGACGGACCCGGUACCGGAGCUGAGACCGAGAAGUCCGAGAAUUUCAUCUGUUGUCACGGCAACCGCCUGGGAACUUUAAUUUCUUCUUCACACUUUGAAAUGAAAACCUGUAAAACGUUUGGGAAAGUCCCGAUUCCUUUUUGUUUUGUUGGUUUUCAAGUUGCUCUUUCCUGAUUCCUCAGAACGUGCUGCUGUUUCACUCUGACGCAGAAACAAAUCUGAGACGAUCAAACAGCAGCUGAUUGUUUGAGACGUCUGAUGAGAUCAACAGUCGCUCCGACAAACAUGUGGUCUGUUUUCUGUCGUCAGUCAUCUACAGAUCAGGUUUCAUGAGAUUUCUGCACUGAUGGUCAAAUGAAAACCUUGAGAUUGUUUCAUUUUUGAUCGAUCUGUCAGUUCUAUUGUAUUUUUCUUUCCAAACGUCAGUCCAGCAGACAUUCAUCAGCGACUUUCAGUUCAGUGUUUGGUGGAUGCAGGAUGCUCAGCGUGUCUUCAGAAUAUCGUUCAGUUCAGAACUCGAUAUGUUUUGAUCUGUGACUGAGACAGAAACGGUAACAGAAACAGUUCAGACAGAAGAAAAUUAUUCCCACAUUUAAAAGAUCAGAACUGAAGCCAGUAAACUUCCAGUACUUCAUGUGUCAUUAUUAAAGUUUUGCUUAUCAAAUUAUUUAUCUGGUCAACACGCAGGGAUUUAAUUUAAUUAGUUAAAAAUCGAACCAACUCAAGAAAUUCGUAACAAAUCUUCAUGUUAAACUCAUUUUUAUCGUCUUUGAAUUAAAAACUGAGCAGAACUUCUGUUUUUCUUCAGUUUGUCUCCGCGACGGAUUUCAUUGAAAUUUUUAAUGUUAAUCAGUUUAAACAUGAAACACACUGAGGUCGUGUUGUCGCAGCUUUAAAGUCAUUUCAGGGUCACAAGUUCAGAAACAAACUGACGAUGGAGAUUUUUGUGUGUUUGUUGCCGAGCAGAGAAUCUCGGUUUAUUUUCUGACUGUUAAAGUUUAAAUACAUUCCCUAAUAAAACCAGUCGGCGGUGUCCAGAGCGAGUUUUGAAAUGUUGGAUUCAUUUCAGGCAGUUUUUUAGUUUUAAUGUUUAGAAUUUUACGCGUGAUGGUUUUGAUUUAUUGAUGCAGCGUCUGUGUACUUCUGUAUAUCUGCCAGAUGACUUCAGCGCCUCCGGACAGCGCUCGGCUGAAACUUUCAGCUCCUGAAGCUUCUGAAGAGAAACAGCUGUGUUACUUUUGUGUUCCAGCUGUUUUCUUCUGAUAUUUUUAUUCCGCAGAGCCCAAAACUUUGAACUGGUGUCAGACCUGAAACCCUCGUGCUGUUUCUGGGGAACACAAACGUUAAUAUAGAUUCUGUGACCACGUUUCUGUUCGAUGUUCCAGGUUUUGUGUUUUUCAUUUUAAUUGCAUAAAAUACGUCAGCAGUAUUUUCUGUAUCAGAAAUCUUUUGUUUUUCAUUCUUUGCUUCUCACUCAUGCUGUUCAUGUCAGAAUCAAUAAUAAAGCACCAGGAUCUUCAGA